UUAAUUUACUUAUACAAAAUAUUUUAAUUAUACAAAUUUGUAAUUUUUUUUUCUUUUAUGUAAGAAAUGAUUUUACCGAUCGAACACAAUUGUCUUUUGACACAAGAGAAAAUAUUUUGACAUUUAAUAAUAAACAGAAUUUGAAUAUUGUGUGAAAAUGAAAAAUUUUAUUGACGUUAAUUAUUUAUUUUUGCUGAUAAAUAUUUGAAAAUUUUAAUAAACAAAAAUAAAUGAAAUUUUUAAUAACAAAAAUAAAUGAAUAAUUUGUGAUUGAGGUUAACACUCAAGUUUUUAAAAAGUAAUUAUUUCUUAAUUAUUAUUUUCGCAUAUUAAAAUGAGCACAAAUUCACCAAUUGCAACUAAAAUUGGGUUAAUGUGGCAACAACAAGUAUUUGCACUCGAUGCAAAAUAUAAUUCACGUCGGGUAUCCAGUCAACCAGGAUUUGGGUUACUUUAUCUUCGUCGAAGAAACCAACUUUUACGUGAAGCAAAUCCUGCGAAUACAGAAAAUCGACUGUCUUAUGUAAAAUUGAGGUCUGAGUUACUCCGUGUGCGUUAUGGAUCACCAUCUGACUGUAUAAGUUUGUCAUCUCGUGCAUCAAUAGACGGAAUUUCCGAAAGCAGUUUAAUAAAAGAAAAGUCAACAAAAAAAACAACCGCUGAAAGUUUUGCUUUCGCUGGUGUUCAUCAUGUAUUUGAUCAGCAUAAAGCCGCAAUAACAGCAUUAAAAUUUGCUAACAAUGACCGAUCAAGACUAUGCUGCGCGUCAUUUGAUGGCACAAUAACUAUUUGUGAUGUAACGAGCACGCCACCAAAAAUUUUGGUAAGAUUAGAAGAUCAUAAGAAGGGUGUAACUGCAAUAGAUUGGAGUAUCAGUAAUGAUUUUAUUGUGUCGUCGUCUCUUGAUGCCACUGUAAGGCUUUGGGGAAUAACUGAAGACUCGACAACUGUUUGCUUACGGACUGUUGGUGACCAAGUUAGAUCAGAAGUACUGUGCUGUGGCUUUAUACCUGCUAAUAAUAAUUUAGUUAUCACAGGUAAUGCUGUGGGACUUCUUCAGGUACUUAAUAUUUCAACAGGAAUUUAUCCUCGUGGAGGAACAUCUAAAAUAGGUGGAAAGGUCUUGUCAUUAACUUGCGAAGAAAGUGGCGGGUCAUUAGUGUGGGCUGGUAAUGAUCGAGGAAUAAUUAUAUCACUUAAAUUAGAGCCAGGUUCGGGACGAUUAUCCAAGUUAAGAAGAAUUGAAACAGUGGGUAAUACUGCUAUCACAAGUUUAUCUUGGAGAUCCUGGUUAUCUCGAGAAUCGCCUUCACCUACGCUUCUUGCGAGCACUGCCUGUAAUGCUGUGAUGCUCUACAGAGUUACUGAUCUUCAGGGGACUUUGAAAAUCUGGAGAAAUUAUCCGGUGAAGCAUAGGCAAUAUCUAGUGAGAUCAACGUUUUGUCCGCAAAUGGGCGCGUGCUUAAUAGCCAGUGGAUCAGAAGAUGGCUCGGUUCAUCUGUUGGACACUUCACGUGAUGGUAAAGCUGCACAGGUUAAUAGACUUUAUGGACAUUCCGCCCCAAUUCUCGCCCUCAGCUUCAACUACGACGAGUCACAUCUUGCUACUGGUGAUCAUCAGGGUCUUAUUAUUAUUUGGCGCAAUUAAAUAAUUUAUUUAAAAUAUCUACUCGUUAAAUUAUAUAAUAUAUAUGCAGAGUAGACUGAUUGAAAAAAAUUGACUGGUUUUUUUUUUUUCAAAAAUUAUGAAAAAUAUUGUUCAAUGAAAAAAAAAUUCUGUUAAAGUUUGAGCUCUUAAUAUUAAUAUUAACAACCGCCUUAUCGCAAUUUUCGAUUUCUCAUUUAAAUAACAAUGAAAAAUUUUUUUUUAAAGUUUGGAAUUUUAUCACUCACCAGGAAAUCGGUGCAUCGGAAAAAUCAAUGAAUAUUUUUGUUGAAAAUUGAAUAAUCUACAAAAAAGGUUUCUUAUCAUUUUUCGAUAAAUUUAAUUUUUCAAAAGUUAUUCGAGGUCAAAGUUGGAGUCAUAGUAAAUUUUAGUACUAUUUGAAUUUUUCAGCGAAACUAUCAGACUUAUCUUGAAAUGUUAUAGGACCUUUUUUGUAGAUCAUUUGAUUUCCUAUAAAUUAUCUUCCAUCAAGUUUCCGAAAUUUUUAAAAGUUCUUUAGUUAUUUGCGUUUAAAAGUAAGUAAAUAAAAUCGACCAGAAUACGAUUUCUUGGAACGAAUUAACAUUUAAAUGCAAAUAACUAAAGAACUUUCAAAAAUUUCGGAAACUUGAUAGCAGAUAAUUUAUAGGAAAUUAAAUGAUCUACAAAAAAGGUCCUAUAACAUUUUAAGAUAAGUCUGAUAGUUUCGCCGAAAAAGUCAAAUAAUACGAAAGUUUAUUAUGAAUCCAACUUUCACUGAAUAACUUUUGAAAAAUUAAACUUAUCGAAUGAUAAGAGACCUUUUUUGUAGAUCGUUCAAUUUUCAACAAAAAUUUCCAUUGAUUUUUCCGAUGUACCGAUUCCCUGGUAAGUGAUAAAAUUCCGAAUAAUAUUUUCUGUAUAAUUUUUGAAAAAAAAGAAUAAUCGAUUUUUUUGAAUCAGUCUAAUGCAGAGUAUUUUGUCGUUUUAUCAACGAAUUUUGUGUAUCCGUCCAUGGAUUAAAUUUAUGUGAACAUAACUAAUUAUUAAAAAAAAAAAAAAUACGUGUAAAUAAAUAAUUAAUUAAAGAUGAUAGGUUACAAUAUAAAAAAUAUCAUAAAUUAGCAAUAUAUUAAUCAUCCUCUAUUGAAAUAAUAUCCUACAAAUUGUAGCGACGGUGCGUUCGGUGUUCUUAAUGUUAACAAUAUCUAGUACAUUAAUAAUAAUAAUAACAAUAAUAAUCGCUAUCUUAAAAUAAAGAUAUUUUUUAUCUAUAA